AAUUGGCUUCGACCUUUUCUUCUUCCCUUCCCACUUCCCAGGACUACAGAUUUCAUCAUCUCUGCGAUUCUGCCAUGCAUUUUUCACUCAACUCUCCACCUUCUGUCUCUUCUGCCUCUUCUAUCCUACUCCCUCCUUUUCCUAAAACCCCCACCUCCUUUAUCAAGAACCCCGGCAAUUUUCAUCCAUUUGCGCGAAAUAUAGCACAAGAAGAGUCCAGUCUUACUGAAAAUCCAGAUAAAUUAAGCACAAAACAAGCAUUUGUUUCAACUAAUCAAAGCGAAAUUGAACUAUCCGAGGAAAAUAGCUCCGCACACGCAAUCUGGGUGAGUGAAAAUUGCGAGAAAAAUGACCCUGAAACAGCGAGAACUGUUCUAAACCGCAUGUUAGACAACGGGGUUCAACCCAAUGUCGCUAUGUUCACCACAGUGAUCAACUCGUUCUGCAAAAAAGGACGGUUGAAACAGGCAUUUGAGGUUUUCGAAACCAUGGGGCAAGCUGGAUGCGAGCCCACAAUCAACACGUACAAUUGCUUGCUCAAGGGGAUGUGCUAUGUGGGGAGAGUAGAAGCCGCUUACGAGAUGUUGAAGACCGUCAAGAAAUCUGCCCUGAAACCGGACAUUUACACUUACACGGCGGUGAUGGAUGGGUUCUGUAAAGUGGGUAGAUCAGAUGAGGCCACGGAAUUGCUCGAUGAAGCCCUGGAAAUGGGGCUGAGCCCUAGCGUGGUUACUUACAACACUUUGUUCAAUGGGUACUUCAAGGAAGGCAGACCUCUGGAUGGGAUUCGAUUGCUGGAGCAAAUGAAGCUGAAGAACUGCAUCCCUGAUUAUGUAACUUACAGCACACUGUUACAUGGGUUGCUAAAAUGGGGCAAGAUUCGCGUAGCGUUAUCCGUGUACAAGGAGAUGCUGGAGCUUGGGCAUGAUGUGGACGGGAGGAUGAUGAACACAUUACUGAGAGGGUUAUGCAGGCGGGGGAGGAUGAAUGAGUGGGUGUUAAGGGAUGCGUAUGAGGUGUUCGACAGAAUGCGCGAGAGAAAAAUUGUGGUUGAACACCGCGCAUAUGAGCUUGUGAUUGAAGCCUUGUGUAAUGGGAAGGAGGUAGACAAAGCUCUGGCGAGUUUGGUGGAGAUGGUUAGAAUUGGGUAUUCCCCAGGGAGAUUCACCUUCUGCAAUGUCAUUCGUGCGCUUUGUGAAGAUGGAAAGGUGGAUGACGCCUUAUCAGUGCUAAGCUUAACGCAUAGAAGCUCAAGAUUCUGGGUUGGAGUUCCUCCAUAUAACAUACUGAUCAAGGAGCUGAAUCGACAAGGAAGAGCAUUGGAUGCUGGCAAUGUGUAUGGUGCUGCGUUGAAAAGAGGAUUAAUGGUGCCAAGGAAGAAACCUAUUCGAUUUUCAGAUAAAGCUCAGGCUCCUCAUAUUGCAAAUGGUUAGAUUUUAUUGCUUUGUGAGAUCAUAUCUAUUAAGACACUAUAUUCUAGUUAGCACAGGCUAAUUCAGUAGUUCAGCAGACAGGGCAAAAUAUCGGUGCGUACAAGAAAUCUCUGCCCACUUUGAACAUAAUUCACACACUGUCAUUGCCGAGUUUUGAAUCCCGGUCUCUUUUGUCAAAUACUGCUUACUAAAUCACUAAGUUAAGCCAGUGCGGGCAAUUCUUUCUCCCUCUCUAUGUAUUAUUGUAAUAGGGUCUCUUCAUCAUGUUUCAUGUAUCUUGUAAAUUGUAUUGUUUAAUAAUAAAAUUCUUGUUAUAGUUUCAAA